AUGGAUAGUGAAGGUAGAAAAGUAAUAGUUUGUGAUAAUGGCACCGGGUUCGUCAAAUGCGGAUAUGCCGGUAGUAAUUUCCCUGCUCACAUUUUCCCCUCUAUGGUGGGUAGGCCGAUAAUUAGGGCUGUCAAUAAAAUCGGCGAUAUCGAAGUAAAGGACUUGAUGGUUGGAGAUGAGGCCUCCCAGUUAAGGUCACUGUUGGAGGUGAACUACCCUAUGGAAAACGGUAUUGUAAGAAAUUGGGAGGAUAUGUGCCAUGUCUGGGACUAUACUUUUGGUCCUAAAAAAAUGGAUUUAGACCCAAAGGAAACAAAAAUCCUUUUAACUGAACCACCAAUGAACCCACUGAAAAACAGGGAGAAAAUGAUUGAAGUGAUGUUUGAAAAUUACGGUUUCGCCGGUGCUUAUGUUGCGAUUCAGGCUGUGUUAACUUUAUAUGCUCAGGGUCUUUUGUCUGGGGUAGUGGUGGACUCUGGCGACGGGGUCACGCACAUUUGUCCCGUGUACGAGGAGUACGCGUUGCCACAUCUCACCCGGAGGCUGGAUAUUGCCGGGCGCGAUAUUACACGCUACUUAAUCAAACUGCUCUUGCUCAGAGGCUAUGCCUUCAACCACUCUGCCGAUUUUGAAACAGUGCGAAUGAUGAAAGAACAGCUAUGCUACAUAGGCUACGACAUCGAGACGGAACAGCGACUAGCGCUGGAGACCACCGUGCUGGUGGAACCUUACACCCUUCCGGACGGAAGGGUCAUCAAAGUGGGCGGAGAGAGGUUCGAGGCGCCCGAAGCCCUUUUCCAGCCCCACUUGAUCAACGUCGAAGGGCAAGGUAUCGCCGAAUUGGUUUUUAACACGAUACAAGCCGCCGACAUCGACAUGAGACCCGAGCUCUACAAGCACAUAGUUCUGUCCGGGGGCUCUACAAUGUACCCGGGUCUGCCUUCGAGGUUAGAGCGCGAAAUAAAGCAGCUGUACUUGGAGCGGGUGCUGAAAAACGACACCAGCAAGCUGAACAAGUUCAAGAUCAGGAUAGAGGACCCCCCCAGGCGCAAGGACAUGGUUUUCAUUGGCGGGGCCGUCCUGGCCGACGUGAUGAAGAACCGGGACGUUUUCUGGAUGUCCAAGCAAGAGUACGAAGAGCAGGGUUUGAAAGUACUGAAAAAGUUGGGCACGCGGGCCGCGUAA